UUCUUUUUCUCAUCCUUCGGCCUCUACAAAUCUUAUUUGUUCCUUUGAUUUCUGAGUAAAAAAAAAACAACUAUGGCCAAAAUGUCGAAGAUGGAGGUCAAAACGGAGGUGAAUUCCUCCGCCGAAAAGUUUUAUAAUGUCUUUAGGCAUGAGGUUCAGCUCAUGCCCAAGAUUAUUCCUGAAAAAAUAAAGGACGUAAAGCUUCUUCAAGGUGACUGGGGCACUGUUGGCUCAGUCAAACUUUGGACCUACGUGCCUGACAAAAAUGCAGUGGUUGUUAAGGAGAUGAUAGAAGCAAUAGAUGAUGAAAACAAGACGAUCAAAUUCAAAAUUUUGGAUGGAGGUAUCAUGAAGUAUUACAACAGUUUCGAGUCCACCAUUCAAGUAACAGCAAAAGAAAAAGGUAGCUUGGUGAAAUGGGCAGCAGAAUAUGAGAAAUUAACAGACGAUGUCCCAGAUCCAAAAGGUCAACUUGAUUUUGCUCUUGAACUUUCAAAAGACAUUGAUAAUCAUCUUCUUAAGGCAUAGAAUACCGAUGGCGUUGUGACAAUUUGUACUAAAUUAAUUUCUUGUAUUAAUAAAUCCAGUUUCGAACUUGGAUUCGACAACAGAUUAAUGAUUUUAUAAGAUAAAAUUAUUAAAAUAAAACAUUAAUUGUGGAGCUUGUAGAAGUUAUGAUGAAU